AUGAGUAAAGUGAUUGUGAUCGGCUCGGGGGUCACGCUUACGGUUGUGGUGUGUUCGCUUGUUACCAUGAUCUCAUUACUGAAAGAUAUUGCCGAUCUUCGACUUGAAGUCGAAGUAAGCAUGGAUGAGUUUAAGGAGAUUACCGACGACACAUGGACCCACAUUCUCACUAAGCACAUGAAUCCAUCUGGUAGCUCCAGUGCUGCACCAAAUAUUGCUAUGAUACUUGGACGUCGCCCUCGUGCCGUGGGAUUCCCUGAGCAGUGCAACUGCGGCCCAAAAUCAACUGGUUGUCCACCUGGACCUCCUGGACCACCAGGACCAAAAGGGCUUCCUGGAUUGCCCGGAAGUGAUGGCGAAGAUGGACGGCCUGGUGCUCCAGGACCCGCGCUUGCUAUUACUCACGACAUUCCUGGUGGUUGCAUUACAUGUCCAGCUGGUCCCCCAGGACCACGUGGGCCACCUGGAGAACCAGGACCACCUGGAGCACCAGGAAUAUUUGGCCACCGUGGACCGCCAGGUCCACCAGGCCCAAUGGGAGAAAUUGGACCGCAAGGAGACGAAGGAAUGUCAGGUGUACCAGGUCGCCCAGGACCACCAGGACAACCUGGUGAGCCCGGAACGCAGUACAGUCAAGGUAUGCCGGGACAUCCCGGUCCACCAGGACAAAGAGGGCCACCGGGUGAACCCGGACAAGCGGGUGUGCCAGGUAACGACGGCAAGCCUGGACCACAGGGUCGACCAGGUCUUCCUGGAAAGGAUGGACAUCCUGGACGGAAUGGGCAACCUGGACAGAGAGGAGAAAAUGGAAAGGUUGGAGCCGAUGCCGAAUACUGUCCCUGUCCACCACGCGGUCGAAAGCGACGCUUCUAA